UCUAGCGUACAGUGCCAUCACCAGCUCGUUUCAGCAAUUGUUUGCAUUAAUUGCAAUAAAAUGUCUGCUGGAGUACAAGAGCGCCUGCAACUUAGCCGGACUCCCCUAGACACCUGGUCGAAGCGGGAGCAGCUCAUCCUGGCUUCAGCUGUAUCCUGUAGCGGCGACCAGAACUGGAUCACGGUGAGCCGCACGCUGAAAACGAUCUGCGGCGGCAAUGGCAACGGAGGUGGUCACAACAAUCGACCGGCGGAUUGGUUUUCCCAGAAGAACUGUGCCGUCCAGUACGGAAAUCUUCUCGAAAGCGUGGAAGCCACUAAGCGAAAGAAACGCAGUAGCGAAAGCAGUGCCGGAGUAUCCUCGCCGGCCACGGUGGAAACGCCAACGGAAUUACUGCUUCGCCGGCUGACAGAGGAGCGCCAGGCGGAAAUAAAGGCCCAGAUGCGCCAGGAUCAGGAGACCUACCGCCGCAUUCAGCGCGAGAUUGAUUCCCUGCAAUCGGAUGCAGUAACCGAACAGGAACUGCAGGCCAUGUGGCUGGAAAUCGAGAAGGAGCAGGAAACACGGCGCAUCGAGGAGAUGAAGCUGGAGAACCGCAUGCGGGAGCGGGAGCAGCGCAAGAAGGAGUUGGCGGGCAACUGGCGGAACAGCAGUCCCGCUGCAAGGCGUUCCAAUCAAGCCGCGGACACUACAUCUGUGGAUAUGGAUGUGGAGGACAUAAACAGCAGUGGUAAUGGUGGCAAACAGCAAACGGGUCCAUCCCCUUUGCUCACAUCCCUGCUUAAAUCCCCCACGGGCAACGCUCCUGCUAAUCCAAUUUCAGGAGGAGGAGCACCGGCCACAGGAACUGGCAGUGUGGCUAGAGCCACAGCACCCACCAUCACUUCCCUACUGACCAGCGGUGGCAGUUCAGCCGUUUCCAAUCAACCAGCCAUUACCAUGAAGAGCCCCACGGAUGCGGCUUUUAUGUCCCGACCAAUAAGCGGUCCCCCAGCCACUGAAGCGUUGGCGCCAACUACGCCCACUCUCGAACGGAGUCCCUCUCAGGCGGCUCCUACCCUUUCCAUGCUGUUGGAGAAGAAUAAGGCUGCUGCCAAAGCCCACGAAGGUGGCAGCCUAAUAAAAUCCGAGGGUUCAGGAAGUCAGGAACAAACACUAGUGGAUGAUACUGCUUCAGCGAAUACUGGAACCGCAGAUUCCGAUGAGGCCGAUCAGUUACUUGCAGUAUUUCCAAACAUAGACGAAAUCAUCGAUGACAUCGACAUCGACAUGGCUAGCGUCAUUGAUGAUGAGAUUCUAAAGGAAGUGGAUGACGUGGUGGCCUCGCCUACGAACGAUAAAGCCGAAGUCAUUGACUUUGAGGACAAGUUGGAUGCGCUGAAGCGGGAGCAAAGCAAGAGUUCACCAGUCAGCGACAAACCGAAAUCGGUGGAAUUGGUGAUUGGAUCCAGUGAUGACUCAAAUGAUAAUAUUCCCCUGGCUGAUGUGGUUUCCCAGGCAAGCAAGGAUCGCGGACAAUCUGGAGGAGAAUCAACCAGAGGCACCGAGGAUGCAGAGUCUGAACCUUUGGCCAGCGAGGUGGCGGUGGAAGAGAUUGGUGAGACCAUUACAAUUAUCAGCACAUCCAGUGAGGACACUGCCAAUUCGCCACCCACAAAAAUUGAGGAGGAAGAGUUAGCUGAAUCUCUGCCAAAGAAGGAGGAAUCGAAGGAUGUGAAAGCCGAACAAGAAAGUAGCAUGGAAAGCAAAGAUGCAGCUGUAGAAACCACAGUAAAACCGGAACCUCUUGGUAAUCAGGAGUCUGGAGAAGCAAAAGUCAAAGUGAUCAAGGAAGAGACUGAAAAGCCUUCGUCAUUGGAGGAGAAGGUGGCCACUCCUGUAACUCCUGCACCCGCACCUGUACCGCCCUCUAUGCACGAUACCGAUGAGGAGUCGUCCUCGUUGACGGACAGCAGCAAACAGGAUGAGCAACCGAAGAGUGCAAAGGCCAAGCCAGCAGUAUCAAAGUUGGUUCUAGAUGAUUCCAAAUCGGAGAUAGAGCUAAGUGGAACUCCGCAACCUCCCUCGGCGCCAGCUCGUACUCCACUCCUGCGCAAACUCCCACAUCGGGAUCGAUCGGAAAGUCCAAUGGUUGACGAUGAUGCCACAACGGCCAGCGACCAUUCCACGGCAAGAUCGACCCGACGCAGAUGUUCCUCCACGCCCGUAAUCGACAGUGUCCCAAACUCACCGGCAUCCAGUGAACACACCGAUGACCGGCGGGAAACGCGAGCCGCCUCCAAGAAGCUUUUCCUGUCCAUUUAUGCCACCUUGCUGGAGAGCAAGCACGCAGCUCCCUUUAAGCGUCCGUUUCACGACGAGCACGCUCAGCGGCAUUCGGAUCUUUGCCUUCGGCCAAUGGAUUUCCCCACCAUUAAACGGAACAUCGACUCGGGACUCAUUCGCAGUUUGAGCGAGCUGCACAGGGAUGUUCUGCUGAUGGGCCACAACAUUUUGGUGGCCUACAAACCACACACAAAUCAACACAAGACGGCGCGCUUAUUCGUGCAGGACUGUCAGGCGAUCAAGGAGUUCUCACAAAUGUCGGAUCCGCCGGUUGCUGGGAUCCCUGUCACGCCGGUGGGCAACACGGGAAGUUCUCGAGCGGAGAAAUUAGUUGGAAGCAAGGCGAGAAGCGGCUCCCGAAAGAGUCAAAGGCACCAUUAGACUUAAAUCACUUAAUUAACUUAAAGAUGGGACAAGGUUAGGUAUAAAUGCCCUUUUAGGAUGUCACUGUGGAAUAUAUUCCUCUCAGAGCACAAUUAUGAAAUAUUUUUUAUAUCUGAUCCAUCAACCCAAAAAAACAUUUGAUUUUGAUACUUUAUAACUUUAUCACAAACUACCAUCAACAAUAAACAUCAAUCGAAGAAAAUGAGA